CCGUCCUCUGAGGAAAGAUCGCUGUUUGGCGUGUUCGAGGGCAUAAAUCGUCCAAUGGAGUCAAACAUGAAGUUUGUCAUUUGCGCGGUUCUCUUCACACUGGUAGCUGACCGGGUGUCGGCGUCACGCCAGGCAGAGGCUGUCAUCCAGGCGGGCACGGACGAGGGAGUGUCGGGCCUGGUGAUGUUCUACCAGACCGCCGAGACGGAGCCAGUCCAGAUCUCAGGCAGCAUCUCGGGCCUGGCGCCGGGUCUGCACGGGCUGCACGUGCAUCAGAACGGGAACCUGACCAGCGCGUGCUCAGACGCCGGCUCUCACUUCAACCCGGCGGGCAGCGACCACGGCGCUCACCCCAACCUCGCGGACCGGCGCCACGUGGCUGACCUGGGUAACGUGGUGGCAGACGAGACGGGCACGGCCGACUUCCAGCUCCAGGACAAACUCCAGACGCUCUAUGACGGCGAGAACGUGAUCGUGGGACGUGCUAUCGUCAUCCACGCUCUGGAGGACGACCUCGGUCUAGGUGGAGACGAGGAGAGCAAGAAAACGGGCAACGCCGGCGCCAGGGUCGGCUGCGGGCUCAUCGAGCUCAGUCAGGGGCUUGAGGAGUAGGCGGGGGGGGGGGGGGGGUAAACUGAUUUUCUGCACAUUUGUGAUGUGUUAUAGACGCAAUUAAUACUUGCGUGAUCAAAGCUUUUGACACUUCAAUAUUUUUGUAAAAAGGCCUAAAAAAGCCCUCCUAACAUUUCAAGAAUACCUAUUUGCACAGGCCCAAAUGUGGGCACUUAAUAAAGAAGAUCUGAUUUGUCCUCGACAUGCAAGAAAACAAAGAACAAAAAUCA